AUGUGUCUGGGUGUCGGUCUCCAGGCUGGCGCCGCCAACUUCGGAAUGUUCGUCUCGGCGCGACUCUUGAUUGGCUUCGGCGACUGUAUUGUGCUGGGCUCUGCUCCUCUACUCAUUACGGAGCUUGCGCCUCCUCAAGAUCGUGCCGUCCUGGUCACUCUAUCUGGUGCAUCUUACCACUCUGGCGCUUUCAUUGCAAGUACGUCGUCCCAAAGCACAGACACACCAAUAGCUCUGGCGAGGUGA